AAUGUCACACUGACACAAUCUUUGAUGUUGAAUUGUUGCCAAAAUUGUUCUUAGAAAAAUUGUGUUUCGCACCAAAAUAAUAAUUAAAUAAAAUCAUAAUUGAUUUUAAAGCAAAAUGUGGCCCAUAAUAAUGCAAUUUUUAAGGAGCAAUGCGCCGUAUAUAACUUUACCGGUGGCUGCAAUUGUCGGCGUAAUAGGUUAUAAUUUGGAGAGCUUAUUGUCCGACCGAUAUACGCCUUAUAAUAAACCAGUGCAAGAUCAAAGACUGGAAAGACUCACAGAUGAAGAGGUCCUUAAAGACCCAACAAAUGUACAGAAACUUAAAUACAAAGAAAAUGUACUCGGCAAGAAUGUAUCACCAUCAUUGCAGAAAAACUAGAUCGUUUUUAAAUAGAAUUUGCAGAUAAAACAUAUCAAUUGAAAAAUUAUUGCCCUUUGAGUUUUUGAUGUAUUGAAAUCUAUAUCUAAUUGUUUAUUAAUUGAGAUAACAUUUUUAUCAUGUUAUUUUUCAAGAAGCUUAAAUGCAGUUUAUACUUUCUACAGAAUAAAAACAGUUUAGAGUUCAGAUAAACUGAGAUUCACUGCUAGUCACAAUCUAUAUUAAUUAGUAUUUAGUUGUGUGUAACCACAGUUUGUCUGCAAGUUCUAUGAAAAAAUGUAAUUAGCUAAGUAAUUUAUUUGCAAUUCAAAAUACCAGCCAUAUUGUAGGGCUUCAAAACUUCAUAUCACAAAUCUUGAAAGGUGCAUACAAAAUUGGCGAAUGUGCGGCGCGUGCGCAGAACUUUUAUUGUAUUUUAAUUGCUUGAUUGCAAAGGAGCGCACAUAUUCUAUACAAUGCGGCCUUUAACACCUUGUUUUAAGGUUACUUUUGAUGAAUCAAAAUAACCGUCACAUUUAGAAGCUCCCUAAUAAUGAAAAUAACAUGUGAACUUAAAAGUUCUCAUUUAGCACCUACGCUCAUGGCUUUUUACUAACUGAUACUGAUACCCAUACAAACGGGUAUAAGAAACUACUAGAAGGCUUGGUCCCGGAGUCGAUUUGUAGGUCCGGGAAUCAAGAAAUAUUGUGCAAAAAUUACAACAGCUAUUGUAUGAUAUAAUUCCAUCGUCACGAAAUAUAGUUUAGUAUGAAAUGGAUAGUCACUAUUGAAUAGUUGUAAAUAUUUGUUGAAUUAUAUUUUUUAUGCAA